CCCCUCAUUAAGCUAGAUUGAACUCUGCUUCUGUGCCCCUGUCAUAUUACUUAGUUAGCCAACAUUAGCCAGCUAGCUGCUAUGUCACAUAAAGCAGUGUCAAGCCGCUGAGCAAGUUCUGCCAAAAUUGAUGGUAAAAUACGUUAACAGUCUCCGUUAAAAGGAUCUUUAAUAAAUCUCAAGCCAAUACGUUUUAGCAGCAGUAAAUGAACGCGUCAUCUCCCCAAAGCAGCAGCUGAUGGCCCGUAAGGUACUCGUUGUUGGACCUGCUUAUGCACCAGGGACACCAAUCUGAUCCUAUGAAUGAGGAAUGAACUUAAACCCCUUUUGGAGCAUGUCUGCCAACACAAGUCGCAAGCAGAGAUCUGAUGAGGAGCAGAGUGGGCACGGGGAGCAGAGAGCCAGCCCAGCCCGGCUUCCAUUUGGCAAAAAACAGCUUCCACCCAUUCCUAAGAAUGCAGCCCCUAUUACUAAACCUACAUCAAUGGGCACUCCAGCUCAGUCGGCCAACGGGACUCACGCCUCCUACGGUCCUUUUUAUUUGGAGUACUCUCUGCUGGCUGAGUUCACACUGGUGAUUAAGCAGAAACUUCCUGGAAUUUAUGUACAGCCAUCCUACAAGUCGGCAUUAAUGUGGUUUGGAGUUAUAUUCAUCAGACAUGGUUUAUACCAGGACGGUGUCUUCAAAUUCACCGUUUAUAUUCCAGACAACUACCCAGAUGGAGAAUGUCCGAAAUUAGUAUUUGAUAUUCCAGUCUUCCAUCCACUUGUUGACCCUGUGUCUGGAGAACUGGACGUCAGAAGAGCUUUCACCAAAUGGAGACGGAAUCACAACCAUAUCUGGCAAGUCCUGAUGUACGCACGUACAGUUUUUUACAAGAUCAGCACGACGGAGCCGCUAAACCCAGAGGCUGCUGUGCUCUAUGAAAGGGAUGUGCAGUUGUUCAAGAGCAAAGUGGUGGACAGUGUGAGACUAUGCAACAGUCAUCUCUUUGACCAGCCCAAGAUUGAGGAUCCUUAUGCAAUAAGUUUUUCUCCAUGGAACCCAGCAGUCCACGACGAAGCAAAAGAGAAAAUGUUUGCAUACAAAAGACGCCCUGAAGAACACCACAAGGGAACGCAGGUGUCGGGGUUAUCUUGGGUGAAGCCUGGAUCUACCCAGCCCUUCAGCAAAGAGGACAACCCUCCUCAGAGCUGAACGUGCACUGCCAGGCAGCAGACACUAGAGGGAGACACAAGCCUCACUGCUGGCGUGGCUCAGCUCUGUGUGAAGUGAAUCCUUUUAACAGUUGGGAUAACUUUGCAUUAACUCUCCACUCUAUUGUUAAGCUUUAAAAGCUUUGUAGGCACCUCUUGGCGCACAUUUAGAAUAAGUAAACUUAGUUUGUAUCAUAUGUAAAUUGACAAUGACAAAUGGAUGUCCCUGCAACAUCAUUUAGGCUGUGAUGCAAUCAAAGUGCAUUCUCAUGUUUUGUCUGGGCUUAUGCCCGUUUUGAUAGACGAUAAUGUCAGCCCCGAAUGGAAAUUAAAAGUACGAGCAAAGCACUUUUUAUCCACACAGUGAGUAUAAUGGAGUGCAUGAUCAGUACAAUGUGUUUGAAUUGGCUAAUAACUGUUUAUAUGUCAGAUGUGUCAUGUUUUCACUUGCAUCUGUUAUUCACGCCCUCUUUCAAUUCUUACUUAAGUUAACGUGUUUUAUAUUUCUUAUGAGAAUGAAUUAUUUUUAUCUAUGCUGAGUAAACACUUUUGCAUAGUUCAUAAUAUAAGUAAAGCUGGGAUGUAUGGUUUUAAAUAGGCGCUACAUAAGUUUAUUUUUAAAUAAUUUUGACUGCUUUAUGUUCCUUUUGGUUAUUAAAGGUCUGUAAAUAAUGGGUGCUGUGCUAAGGCCACAAGUGUCACAUCCUCAUUGAUCCUUUGAUUUGUGUGAACAUAUGUCUUGGUUUUUCUUCACUUAGGCUCACAAGUCAGAGGUUGCUGCAGGAUACACCUUAUAUCAGAGGGAAAAUGAUAAAUGUACAGUAUUUUCAUAAGGUUUAGUUAUUCACUAUUAUGAGCAGCACAAAAAAGACGGUCAUGAUAGAAAUGAUUUCAAAUACUACAGUUCUGGUUUUCAUUCCAGAUUUAUGUCCAUGUGGACUCGGUGUACUCUCCUGCAGAGGCAUCUGGUUUUUCUAGUCAUAUUGCUCAUCCUCCUCCAGUUUGCGACUGUUGUUGAAGGACUGCUUAAAAUGAUGUGGGAUGUAGGAAUAGAGGAUGUGGUGCUGAGACCUGACUCAUACAUGCCAUGACAGGUGUACGCCACUCCACAAUCAUACGGGCUGCAGCCGUCUUCCGACGUGUGACGUGUUCUGUUUGAAACCAUUUCUGCUGAGAAUGAAAUGCUUUACUCUGAAACCAAUAAAAUUAUUCUAAAAUGUC